GCUUAGCAACGUUUGACAACAUUCAUCUUGGGACGAUCUGAGGUGUUGCACAGUGGAAGAUGUCUGUUCCCUUCUCCAACACAAACCUGCGGAUCCCUAGAGGUUUUGGAAGUUUACUGGAGGGACUUGCCAGAGAGGUGUUGAGAGACCAGCCUGAGAAUAUCCCCACCUUUGCUGCCCUCUACUUUGCAGGGAUUCUUAAAGCCAGACAGGAAAGUGGCCUAGAUCCAGUAGAGUGGGGUGCAAUGUUGGAAGACAGGUUCUACAAUAAUCAUACAUUUAAGAAUACAUCAACGCAAGGAAACUCCAGCACACCUAAGGCAAAUAGGAGAAACAAAGCUGGUAAUUCAGAAACUGUUGGAAACAAUGGAACUCAACGCUCCACAUUAAAAGACCACAGUGCUAAUUUUUCCACAAAGGUAGAGCAAAACGAUGAGUUAGAUGAAGAAUUCGGUGAGACACCUGCAGAUAUUGCCUAUAUGGGAACAGCCGAUGUUGAUGUAUGUGCACAAGACCCCGGCAAGGUUCCAGAACCAACAUUAGAAAAUAAAGAGCUACCAAGAGAUGAUGGGGCAGCAAAAGAGUCAAAAGAUAUUGAUAUCUGCAGAUCCGAACUUGAGCCUACACCUGUGCCAUCCUUUGGUGGUCUUGCAAAUGUGGAUGUAUGUGCUGAAGAGGUAAACCCCUCCAAGGAUUCACAAGACCAGUUAACAAUGUCUUUUGUUGAAACCCCUUCAAAUAUUGAGCAGUAUAUAGACAAACAACCCAACAAAAUGUCAAAAGGUCAUAGUGAAGAUGCUGAGCAGGGAGUCUCAGAAAUUACUGACAAUUUAUUGGAGAACUCUGGCCCAGAGGAAAAGAGCACUGACCAGUUUUAUUUAGAGGAGUCAGCAAAAAGCACUGUUGCUCUUGAAAAAGACAUAACUGAAACCGAUAACACAAGCAGAGUUGAAGAAGGGCUGGAAAUAGGAGAACAUCUUAAAGAAACAGCGGAAACAACCACUUCCGCAACUGAUAUUAAUAGCAGAUCACUGAUCGAAAUGAAAGACGCAUGCAUUGACAAAAGUGAUGAAACAACUGAUAGUAAAAGUGAAGUCAUAGAUGUACUGGAUGAAGUCAUUAUGAGCGCUGAUCAUCAAUGCUCUGCCCAUACAGAUGAGCACAAAUCUGAUCAACAGAGUACGUCUAAAAUUAUGGACGCUAUGGUGGAGGAAGAACUUUUGGAAGCUCAAACUGAUGCUCUGGAGCCAGAUUCACAGUUGAACGACAAUGACAGUGACUCCAAAGUAACAGAAGACAUGACAGGCAAUGAGAUUUUAAAUACUGAUGUAAUGGACACCUCUGAGAAUGAUCUAAACACAGGGAAUGUAAAGGAAGGGAGUGAUCUUGACAGUGAUGUUGAAGAGAUGGACCAGGAUGAAAUGGGCCAAGAAGAGAAAGACGAAGCUGACCAAACCAAAGGCAACAGUCAAGAUGAGAGGUCUUUUGAUUACGUUUCAAACAUGCAUCAGCAAGAUACUGUGAAAACUGAGGAUGUGGCAGAUGAUGAAAUCAAUGAUGCAGAACUGAAGGAAGGGUUUGUGCCCUCUGAAACCAAGGAAGCUGUGGUCUUUAGGCCUUUGUCAGAGGGAACAGAGAGAAAAACAGAGGUCAUAACUGAUGAAGAUCUUACAGAGUCACAUGAAUUGACUGAAAACACUGAGACUGAUGCAGAUCAGGAGGAUCACUUGGAGGAACAAAGAGAUAAAAGUCAAGAAUUGACAAUUCAAAGUGAGAACCCGAAGAAUCCUGAAAGCAGUAAACAAAAGGAGGAAUGCAGCCAGCCACAGGAGGAGGAGGACAUCAUGGACAUCCCCUUGGAUGACCCAGAAGCCAAUAAGGCAGCCGCCAAAAUCCAGGCUGGCUUCCGUGGUCAUAUGACCCGGAAGAAGAUGAAACCUGGUGAAAAGGCCAACGAAGAGGUGAGCAGCAGUGGUGAGGCCCUCAAUGGCAGCCAAAGGGACAUAGCAGGGGGAACAGAGGGAGUAGAGACAGAUGCCACAUCUGGACCAGACCAGUGAAGACCUUCUCAAUGUGGCUUACUGGACGCUUUAUCCUGAGGGACGUUUUGUGUCGAAAAAAGUUGUAAAAUUAGGCUGGAUAUGUCAUCUGAUGUGUGAACUCUUUCUCUUUUCUUCUGCUUCUUAUCCAGUCUGAUUAAAAAUGCUUUUGCAUCCCUCAAACAGAUAUCUAUAUACUCCCUGAUAAUGUUUUAUUCAGAUAUUUGUUUGAAUCGGAGAAUGGAUGCCAUAGAAUACAGCGUUCUUCACUCAUACAAUCAAGUUGAGUUUUGUCAUUGAUAUUGCUUGAUAUGUUUCUUUGCUGUGGUGGUGUGUUUAUGAAUUCCCUGAUUUUACCAUGUAGCCCUAACUAUCAAGAUAAGAUGUGCAAUUUGUUAUCAGUCACAACAUACUUUGUUUAAAAUUGGGUUGACUUACUUGUUUGGUUUGCUCCUUGUAAUAUGUAAGUGGACUUUUCUCAGUCUUUUUAACAGAAAUCAGAGCUUCCAAAGCAGCAUAUGGCAUGCCAAGAUUAAAUCAAUUUAUUUUCAUUUAUUUUGCCUUUAAUUAGUGCAAUUAUUCAUAGAAGUCAUUUAAGGCAGUGCAUAUUAGAGUUUCAUUAAGUGUGUGACAAAGAUUAAAAACUGCUUAAUGAGUGAUAGAUUGCCUUGCAUGUUGACAUCAGCAUCAUUAAGCUCUGUAUCGGUUGAAAAGUGAAUAAAUGGUCAGAAAUGUGCACGCUUAGA